AUGCCUUCCCUCUGGAACCCGGUUUUGGACACGCUUGCCAAGGUCUCUGACCUUGCCGAUACAUCACGUCUAUCGUCUCGCCCGAUCCCCAAGGCCCCUGAUGGCCUUUCGGACGCUCAAGCGGCUCCUGCCAUGUUUGGUCGAACCGAUCGUCGUUCGACCAUUUCGACCGUUAUCGAUGCUUUUACCAACCAAGCGAGGCGGGGAAAGCCCGUUGACAUCGAUUUUGAUGUUGCAUCCGCGGCCGCAGACGCCCUCUUGAACUCCAAGACAAUUGGUUUGGAUGAUCGAAAGUACCUUCUCGAAUACCUCUUCGUUGCCCUGAGCAGACUUUCCCCUGGCGGCGAUCUCCAACAAAAACUCCAGGAUGCAGUUAUCACUCUUCUUUACGGCGAUCUCCCACACCCACCUGUAACUAAUGUUCACCCUGAUUCUCGCUUCCGCGAACCCGAUGGUGGAAACAAUAACCUUAAUAUGCCAGACCUCGGUCGUGCUGGCACACCCUACUCGAGGACCGUGGCGUCGAUCACACCCAUUCCUCCUACAAACCUUCCCACUCCAGAGCUUAUUUUCGAUACACUUCUUCGUCGCGACACUGAAGGAGGUAUACCGCACCCAGCUGGUGUUAGUUCCUUGCUCUUCUCGUUUGCUGUGUUGAUUAUCCAUAGCUUGUUCCGAACAUCCCCCGAGUCGGUGUAUAUCAAUGAUACAUCCUCAUACCUUGAUCUCUCCCCGCUAUAUGGCCAUUCUUUUGAGGCUCAGAAUAAAGUUCGUCGAAACGAUGGUACCGGUCGUCUACACGAAGACGUGUUUGCUGAGAAUAGGCUGCUGCUGAUGCCUCCUGCGGUCAGCGCACUCUUGGUUAUGUUCUGCCGCAACCAUAAUUACAUUGCAACCAAACUUCUCCAAAUCAACGAGAAUCGUACUUUCAAGGAUCCUGAGAAGCUCAAGGACCUGCCUGUUGUCAACCCAGAAAAAACUGGCACCUGGGGAGGCCCUUCAGAAAGCGGUAGUCCUCAGGACCAAGGUAACAACGCAGGUGGAGGGAAACAUGGUAAGGAUUGGACCGACGUCAGCAUGACCGACUCCAUCUUGUCGCAAGGUGCUACGGCUUCGACAGCCUACACCACUCCGGCUGCGUCGAGAUUUUUAGGCCUCGAUAAUCAAGCAUCGCGUAAACCCCGCACUCCCCUUGAGGAACAAGAUCAUGUUAUCUUCAAUACUGCGCGUCUCAUCAAUUGUGGCUUUUUCAUGCACAUUAUCAUUUCCGACUACAUCGGCGCCAUCUUGGGUCUGACUCGUGAAGGUUCCUCCUAUUCACUUAACCCUCUUGAAGAGAUUCGAGGCUCGGAUCACAAACUCGUUGGGCGCGGAGAAGGCAAUUCAUGCAGUGUCGAGUUCAAUUUGUUGUAUCGCUGGCACGCAACCUUGAGCGCCGCGGACGAAAAGUGGACAGAAUCGAUGAUGAAGAGCAAGUUUGGGGACGUCGACCCGAGCAGUAUCACCUUGGAAGAUUUUAUGAAACAAGCAGCCAAAGACAAAAAGACGGCUCAAACUGACGUCAAGACCUGGACCUUCCACAACAAACAUGGCCAACCGCUCCAACGUGACAGUACGACGGGCCGAUUCAAGGAUGCAGACCUCGCCGAGCUAUUACAUGAUGCAGUCGAGAAUGUAUCCGGGGCCUUCUCUGCUCGCAACACUCCAGAAGUACUUAAGAUUGUUGAGGUGUUGGGAAUUAACCAAGCGAGGAAAUGGGGUGUUUGCACUCUCAAUGAGUUCAGGAAGUUCAUUGGCUUGAAACCCUACGAAUCAUUUGAAGAAUGGAAUCCCCGCCAGGAGAUUGCUGAUGCAGCGCGCGGGUUGUAUGGGCACCCUGAUAAUCUAGAGCUUUACGUUGGUAUGCAAGCUGAAGAAGCCAAACCUGUCAUCGCCGGUGCCGGUCUCUGCCCUGGGUACACAAUCAGUCGAGCAAUCCUUGCCGAUGCCGUCGCAUUGACGCGCGGCGACCGAUUCCUGACUACCGACUUCACCCCACAGAAUCUCACAGUAUGGGGCUUCCAGGACUGCCAGCGCGACAUCAAUAACGGCUGCUUUGGAGGCGUUCUCUCCAAGAUUCUAAUGCGUGGUUUACCCGAGCACUAUACCUUCAAUUCGGUCUACGCUCUCUUCCCCUUUAUGACCCCGAAAUUCAUGAAGACUCACCUUGAAGAAAUGGGCAUCAUUGACUUGUAUGAUUUAAGGCGCCCAGAAGAAGCUAGACAUAUCGUUGGCAUUAACUCGUACAAGGCUGUUCGGGAGGUCUUGAACAACCCCGCGAUUUAUAAUGCUACAUACGAGAAGCAUAUGAAAGAGCUAACCAACGGAUAUGGCUUCUUCCUUGCCAUGGAUGAUCCAGCUGCCCAUCAACGGGACAUGAACGUGAUGCACAAGGUCAUGGUUGGCUCCGCAGAAUCUCUGGAAUACAAUGUCGCAUGGUAUGCAGCCAAGACGACCGAGCUCAUCAAGGACAAGUCGUUCUCUAUGAGCAAGGGAACAACACGUAAUGUGGAUAUUGUGCGUGAUGUGCUGAAUCUCGUGCCAGUUUACUGGGUUUCUCAGGAGAUGGCCGGUUUGCCUCUCAAAUGCAAAGGCAAUGAGGAUGGCUUGAUUACUGAACAAGAAAUAUAUCAGAUGAUGACGGUCGUAUUUACCCACAUUUUCCUUAAUGUCGAGCCCUUGAAUGGAUGGCAAUUGCGCGACAAAGCCAAGCAAGUUGCAUCGAAAUUGCUAGGUAUUAUUCAGGGUCACUUGGAAGCAAUCGCCUCCAAAGGCCGACUCUCCUUUGCUGGUAUCAAGGCCUUUGUAACAGACCGCUUCUACGGCGAUGACGAUCGUGCUCAAGCGUUCCUUGCCAAUUUGUACAAGAACAGGGGCGAUCUUACCAUCGAGCAGCUAUCCUACAAUGUGUUUGGGUGUAUGAUUGCAAGCGUAUCCAACUACGCGCAAGCAGCCACUCAGGUCGUCGAUUUUUACCUUGAAGAUAGCAGGCAAGAUCUGAAAGAAAUCAUUUGUGAAUUAUCGCGUCAAAAUACGCCAGAGAGUGAUCACAAGUUAGCUGGAUAUGUUCGCGAGGCGAUGCGCUUGAGCCCACAGGCACCCGGCAUCUUCCGCGAUGUAUCUACAGAGGUGACACUACAAGACGGAGACAAGACUCUUCACCUCACUCCUCACAACCGCUUAUUUGUCAGCUUGGCUAAUUCCAACCUUGAUCCGGAUGCCUUUGAGAACCCACAUAGUGUUAAUCCGGAUCGCCCUCGCGACGCAUACAACCUCUUCGGACAUGGAAUGCACAAGUGCAUGGGUGAUCAAUUUACCGAGAGGACGAUGCCUGCAGUGAUCAAAAGCAUUUUCAAACUAAAAAAUAUCCGUCGCGCUCCAGGCGAAUCGGGCAAGCUUCGGUCAUUUACUCAAGAUCUGCAUGGGACAAAGCAAACCAUGUUCAUCAAUGCCAGGGGUUUAGUUACCCCUUGGCCUGCAUCCAUGGUGAUCCAGUACGAUGAAUAA